GGGGGGAGGUAUCUUUAUGGGAGUUUGUUCGUUUUUUGCUUUCCUCUUUUUUGUUGUUUGUGGCUUCAUUUACGCGGUUUUGCGUGCUGUCGGGUCCGGUGGGGCGGGGGUUAUCUGGGGGGAUUGUUAUCGACGAACUACUUUUGCUGGCAGAGGAUGGGGAGAGGACGCGGCGUGCGGCGUGGGCUUGGUGCGUGGGGGCGAAUUCUCGACUUUCGGUUGCUUUCUUUUCUUUUCUUUUUUUUCGUGUACAUGCUCUGUUCUGCUCUCUUCUCUAUACCACACCGUGCUUGAUGCGUUUGUUUAUGCUUGAUGCUUGAUGCGUUUAUGUUUGAUGCGUUUGUUUAUGCUUGAUGCUUGGUG